AUGCUUCAUCAAAGCUUUCGUCUUCUUGUCUUCUUGACUGUUUUCUUGGCCGUAUGUCACGCCAAGACAGUGGCUGAUUCUGACGAAAGAUUUCCUUUUCUGGCUGACAUCAGAACCUUCCAGAAUGAUCAUCUCUGCUCGGGCUUCAUCGUCACCAACAGAUGGAUCGUUACAGUGGCGCACACGCUUGUAGGCAGAUUUCCAGCUAGUCUCUGGGUUUUCGUGGGAAGUCAGGAAUCUUCCACUAACGUCUUCAGUGUCCUCAUAGCUCCACAUCCACGUUUCAGUGCUGUGCCGGAUUAUCCUAUGUUUUUCAACGAUGUCGCGCUCAUUCGAUCAAGUCUAACGAUCUUCUUCAGUGACAAUGUGCAGCCAAUUUCUCUGGCAUUUCAAGAUACUGUGGGAGAUCUUGAGGCGACGACCGUGGGAUGGAGAGCAUCCGGAGUUCAGGAAACGUUCACAUCGCAAACUUGGACAAACUUUUGGUGCAUGUUGCUAUUGCCACCUGAUUUGCCACUCCCAGGAUCUUCAUUCUGCUCUAGGCAACCAGAAAAUGCUGAACGAAUGAGUGUCGAGCCUGGAGACGUUUUGGUAGUCGAUGGCUUUGCUGCUGGUCUUGGUUCUUGGCAAAUAUUGGUGCUUAAUCCAUAUCCGGGAUUCCCAGACGUUUACACAAGACUGACAAUGUUCCGGGUUUGGAUUCUGUCAGUAAUUAGUUGA